CAACUCGCUUCGCUCCAAGCCUGCAUACUUCCGGCCAACUACCGCAAUGCCAGCUGUAAGUAACAUCACUGAGCAACUAUCAUUGACUGCCAUGGUGAGCAAGAGGAGGCUGCUGAAGAUCACUGCAGCGGUCGCGCAGGAGGAGGUUGCGCAGGAGGACGCCACGGCGGCUGCUGAAGAGGAAGGUGAAGGAGAAGGAGAAGGAGAAGGAGAUCAUCAGGAAGUGGAAGAAGUUGCAGAGCCUGUCAUCGUUCAGAGUACCAAGCUUUACUUUGGGAAUCUGCCAUACAAUUGUGACAGUGCGCAGUUGGCUGGGAUUAUCCAGGAGUAUGCCAGUCCAGAGAUGGUUGAGGUGCUUUAUGACAGAGACACUGGAAGGAGCAGAGGCUUUGCUUUCGUAACAAUGAGCUCCGUCGAAGACUGUGAAGCAGUAAUCCAAAACCUUGAUGGGAGUCAAUAUGGAGGUCGAACAUUGAGGGUGAAUUUCUCAGACAAGCCGAAACCUAAAGAACCCUUAUACCCUGAGAGCGACUACAAACUUUUCGUAGGUAAUUUAUCUUGGUCAGUGACGUCUGAGAGUUUAACUGAAGUUUUUCAAGAGUAUGGCAACGUGGUUGGUGCCCGUGUUCUUUACGAUGGGGAUACAGGUCGUUCUCGUGGUUAUGGCUUUGUUUGUUACUCGUCGAAGCAAGAGAUGGAUGCUGCCCUCGAAUCACUCAAUGGCGCAGAGCUAGAAGGCCGCGGUAUGAGAAUUAGCCUGGCUUUAGGCAAGAAGAACUAAAGGAGAAAGGCAUCAUAUGAUUAUGAAAUCCUCAAGGCAAUCUUAAAAGGAUUUUAAUCUAAGGAUGGAUGGAAAAGAUUACAAGCACGAAUGGAUACAGAAAGAAUGAGAGAUUUGUUAUUAUUAUUUUUUCGAAUUUCACGUAUUUUCCAAUUUUUAUUGGGAUGUAAAGAUCAGCUACUAUGCAUAUUUAUAGCUGGCGCUAUUUAUAUAGCACUUAAUUGACUGCUAUAGGAACUUCUUGUUGAUAUAUUGGGAUACUCUCACGCUGUAAAUUAGAAUGCACAGAUGCUUCUUGAUUACCAGGGUCAUCAUUGUAAUGAUGUUUUCAUAUUACAAUGUUAGACUGUGGAACUUUUUAUUUGUUUA